AUGCUCCACUCCCCAUUUUGGGAGAAGCUUUGCCAGGCAGUUGGGAUCUCUGGUUAUUGCAGUUCCCUUCGCGAUGGGCCCCACAUCACAGCUGGGUUCCUCUGUGUUGGGGAGGGCUGGCUUUCACCCGUUACCUUGCCUUGCACGCAGCGGAAACCUGACCUGAUCCCCAGCGGGAAGCUGAGCAUGGUGCACACCACCAUGGAGGAGAACUUCCUGGAGGGCACCUUGCAUUUCCUGAGUGAGUUCGUCUCCUGCCAGCACUGUCCCCCCAAAGAAAUCAUCUCCCACCUGAUCAGACAGAUCCUGUUGAACCCCAACCAAGGGGAGAUCCUGAAGGACACCUACAUGCUACUGAUGAAGAUCCAAAUGCUCCAUCCAGCCAACACUGCCACGGUGGGAUGGGACUGGACGCUGCUGAAGUACAUCAUGGAGGACCAGGAGAAGCCCCCUGGCUGGCUCCUCUUCCUCCAGUACGUGGUGCAGACCCUGGAGGAUGACUUCCAGCAGAACCUGAGGUUGCGCCUGCUACAGAAGUCAAUUGCCAAGAAAGUGCUUUCAUGUGACACAUGCUUCAACAAUGUCAAGGAGGUGGUCGAAUGGUUGAUCACAGCAGUUACAGGAGUUGGGUUCUCCCAGCCCCAGGAGCAGCCACAAGAAAUUGCAUCCUCUUCAGCAGAAGCAAGGGCCGAAUGCAGAUCAUCUGCACCAUGGCUGGCCAGCACUGACCAGGCAGAGGUGGCUCCACCAGCCUUCUUUGGUCAGAGGGUGAUGCUCCUGCUCCAGCGGAUGUUGUCCAUCGCAGUGGAAGUGGACAAAUCACCCAACUGCAGCUCCCGUAAGAUCGCAGAUGUGAUAUUCCCGUUUAUACUGAAUAUUCCCCUGAGGAGCCAAAGGGAAGCUUUCUUAAACACCAUGGAGAGCCAGCUCCUGCGCUGUAAGCUGCUAGAGCUGUUGUUCCAGCAUAGUUGCGAUGUGCCCACAACUUUGCCCUUGUCUCUGGCCAAGAUCCUGUACUUCCUGAGCCACUCCUCUGUGCUGUUGCAAUGCCAGGAUGAAACAGCAACAUGGCAAAGAUGGGACGAGAUGCUGCAGUACUUGAGUUUGCUGCUGAUGAGUUACCAAAAUGUAAUACUGGAGCACUUACGGAGCUCACUGAAUGACCGGAUGGACUUGAUCAUUCAGAAAGCCAAGCCCAAGCUCCAGGACAGUGAUGACAUCAGCCAUCUGGACAUUCAACUAAAGAUAGAGGAUUUUAUCAGCCGAAUGCAGCAGGUCCUGGGGCAACCUUUUCCCCUGCAAAUCAUGGAGAAAUUGUGCAUGCUUCGGGAGCUGUUCCUCAUUGUCACUGCUACUUGA